GUGUCGGUUUCUCCCUUAUAAACCGAUUAGUUCAGUUUCGACACCGAUUUUCAUUGAAAACAUGCUCACCCCGUUUACCCGUUCCUUUUCUUUUUAGAUUUGGUUUCUUUUGGGGGUGGAUUUGGAUGUAUGUGGGUCUUCUAUCAGGGUGGUUUUUCUUGGUUGCAUUCAGAGUUUGUUUAUAAACAUAAUUUUUAAAAGCUUAAAAUAAAGUCAAUUUUGUAGCAUAAUUUCAUAACAGAUUAGAUUUGUUUUUAUCCACAAAUAUUUUGUUAUACUUAAAUAUUUUUUAUUAUUUUGUUAUAUUUGAAAACGCGAAUUCAAAAUUUAUUUUCUAAAAAAAUUCAAAAGUUUCUCCAGCAUCCCAACUCCCCCUUCAAAAGCGCAGUCAUUUUAAGAGCGCCCCAAUAAGUGGAAAGACGUAGUAAACCAAAAGACUUGGGCAAACCAAGAUUUCUUUCUUCCACUUUCCUUCUUAAUCAGGCUGAAAGGGAUGGUGUUGUCAGAGGAAGAAAUCACCAGACUCUUCAGAGUCCGCAAAACUGUGUUGCAGAUGUUGAGAGAUAGAGGCUUCCUUGUUGGAGACUUUGAGCUUGCUAUGUCAAGGGAACAAUUUAAAAAUCAGUUUGGUGAGACCAUGAAAAAAGAAGAUAUUGUUAUCAACAAGUCCAUGAGAAAUAAUAGCUCUGACCAGAUAUAUGUUUUCUUUCCUGAAGAGCCGAAGGUUAGUGUCAAGACAGUGCGGACAUAUAUAAAUCGUAUGAAAUCAGAUAAUGUUUUUAGAGCAAUAUUGGUUGUUCAAGAAAAAUUGUCCUCCUUUGCACGUUCUAGUAUCUGCGAAGCACCUAAAUUCCAUUUGGAGGUUUUCCAGGAAGCAGAAUUGCUGGUUAACAUCAAAGAUCACGUUCUCAUUCCCGAGCACCAGUUGUUGACAAAUGAAGAGAAGAAGACGUUGCUGGAGAGGUAUACGGUGAAAGAUACACAACUACCUCGCAUGCAGGUUACUGAUCCAAUUGCUAGAUAUUAUGGAAUGAAGCGUGGACAGGUAGUGAAGAUCAUCCGACCAAGCGAAACUGCAGGCAGAUAUGUGACAUAUAGAUAUGUUGUUUGAGAUCAAUAUGAUAUUGAACAAUUGAAGUGAUGGUACUCGCCUAGGGAAUUCUUUUAUUUAUAACAUUCUUUUACUUAGUA